UUCAACAUAUGACACUUUUGGCUUUUCCAUAAACUCCCUUUCUUCACCAAAACCCAAAAGGAAGCAACUCGGAAAAUGGACCCAACUGCACCCUCCGCGUCGGUCGUCGGCGGCGGUGGCGGCGGCGGAGGAGGGCCGGCACCUUUCCUUAUGAAAACAUUCGACAUGGUGGACGACUCAUCGACCGACGACAUCGUUUCAUGGAGCUCUAACAAAAAGAGCUUUGUGGUUUGGAACCCUCCUGAUUUUGCUCGCCUUUUGCUUCCCACUUAUUUCAAGCACAAUAAUUUCUCCAGCUUCAUCAGGCAGCUUAAUACCUAUGGGUUCCGGAAGAUUGAUCCCGAACGAUGGGAAUUUGCCAAUGAAGAUUUCGUGAAAGAUCAAAGGCAUCUUCUUAAGAAUAUUCAUCGAAGAAAACCUAUUCACAGCCAUAGUAAUCCACAGGGUUCUUUGAUAGAUCAUGAAAGAGCUGGAUACGAAGAAGAAAUCGAAAAGCUUUCACGUGAGAAAGCUGCACUUGAGGCUGAUGUUUUGAGGUCUGAACAAGAGCGGUCAGCUUUGAAGCAUCAGGUGGAAGAGCUGACACAACAAGCUGAUCAAAUGGAGCGUAGGCAAGACACUUUGUUUAACUUCUUAGAAAAGGCUUUACAAGACCCUGCUUUCGCCGAACAUCUUUUUCGUAGAAUUGAAUCUAUGGAUGAUGUUGUGGCAUAUAAUAAGAAAAGGAGACUGCCUCAAAUUGAUCAAACCAAGCCAGUUGGUGACCAUAGUCUUUUGGACAACAAAAGUAGUUCUACACCCGAGUUUGGAAAUGUUGUCCACCUCGAUUUCUCGAACAAGCUUAGACUAGAAUUGUCAUCAGCUGUUUCGGAGAUUAACUUGGUUUCUCAAAGCACGCAAAGUUCUAAUGAAGAUGGAGAAAGUCCACAGAGAAGGGUUUCUCAAGGAGAACCAAAAGAUGAUAAUAUCAGACCUCAGGGGCUUUUAUUCACACCCGAAACAUUAGACAUUUCAGAUACAGGCACAUCUUUUACAUUCAACAUGGAUUCAUCUUUCUCUCAAAGAGUAUCAAUGAAUGAAAGCCCGGCAGUGCAUUCACUGCAACAGAGAUUAAGUUCCAAUGAAGAACCUGAUAGUCAUAUUUCCUGUCAGUUAAAUCUAACUCUGGCAUCUUCUUCAUUGCAAGUCAAUAAAAGUCCCAGCUUAACUAGGAUGUCCCAACCAAGUUGGGAAAUCGGAAAAGUCUCCGAGUCAAGGUCUAAUGCCAACAGUAAAGACUCUGAUUCUGGACCUUUCCAUAAUAGCAGAAACAUGAUUGAUGGGGAAACAACAUUAUCGUCAUCGAAAGAAGGCCCUAACACAAAUCAAGAGCCUGCCGCUGCUCCGGUUAGAGUAAAUGAUGUAUUCUGGGAACAGUUCCUCACCGAGAGACCAGGUUCCUCUGACAAUGAAGAGGCCAGUUCCAAUUAUCGAGCAAAUCCAUACGAAGAGCAAGACGACAAAAGGUCAGGCCAUGGACUAGCAAGGAAUACCAAGAACAUCGAGCAGCUUAGUCUUUAGCAGCAAAGUUGCCUUGCCGCAAAUCCAUUGAUAAGUCUACAAAGGUCUCUCUUGUUCCUUCUGUUUCUUCGUGUUAUUUAUAGUUACUUCGUUUAUAGGAUACGAUUUUAUACAUAACUGCCCAAAAUUAGUUUGAAUAAAAUCAUGUUGAAAUUUGAAUUCCA